AUGGAGAAAGACAGAGAGGAGACGCAGUCUCUAGGCGCAACCACCAACACUGCUCGCGCAUCAAUUGAAGACUCCGAAACUCAACGAGAAAAUGUACGGAAUGCCAACCCUAAUGGUUUCGUCAGUACCAAUCAGGGGAUCGAUGUUAAAGCUGCAGAGUCCGAGUUCGCCCAACUUCAGCGAGAGCUGUCAGGUAUCAGUACCAAGAGCAAGGCAUUAUCCAGAACACGUUCGAGGACCAAGACUGUCGAUGAAAAGGACGUAGAAAAGUCAGCAGAAUCCGUUUCUGAAGCCGAGGAGCAGCAAUUCAACUUGGAGAAUACCCUCCGAGGCAACAGACAAGCAGAAGUAGAUUCUGGUAUUCGUUCAAAGCAUAUCGGAGUAGUAUGGGAUGGACUUACUGUUCGCGGAACAGGAGGUGUAUCGAAUUUUGUCAAGACAUUCCCAGAUGCAUUUGUCAGUUUCUUCAAUGUCGUUGAGACUGCAAUGAACAUGUUUGGUGUAGGCAAGAAAGGCAGAGAAGUAAAUAUUUUGCAGGACUUCAGGGGUGUAAUGAAACCUGGAGAGAUGGUUCUUGUGCUUGGACGACCUGGAUCUGGUUGCACAACUUUCUUGAAGGUUAUUGCAAAUCAAAGAUUCGGGUACACUGGUGUUGAUGGUGAGAUACUUUAUGGCCCUUUCACCGCUGAAGAAUUCUCGAAGAAAUACAGGGGAGAAGCCGUCUACAAUCAAGAGGACGAUAUUCACCACCCCACCCUUACUGUAGGCCAAACUUUAGGUUUUGCCCUUGACACCAAAACUCCAGGGAAGCGUCCUCUGGGAAUGUCGAAGGCCGACUUCAAGGAAAAAGUAAUCGAUACCCUUCUUCGAAUGUUCAACAUCAGUCACACCCGGAAUACCAUUGUGGGAAAUGCCUUUGUUAGAGGUGUAUCUGGAGGAGAGAGAAAGCGUGUGUCUAUUGCAGAAAUGAUGAUCACAAGCGGCACUGUAUUAGCUUGGGAUAACAGUACAAGAGGACUUGACGCUUCAACUGCACUCGAUUAUGCGAAAUCUCUUCGUGUUAUGACCAAUAUCUACAAGACUACCACGUUUGUUUCAUUGUAUCAAGCAAGUGAGAAUAUCUACAAGCAAUUCGACAAAGUCUUGGUUAUCGAUGGCGGAAGAGAAGUCUACUUUGGACCAACAUCCGAAGCUAGAGGCUAUUUCGAAGGUCUUGGCUUCAAGGAGAAGCCCCGUCAAACUACACCCGAUUUCUUGACAGGUUGCACCGAUGAGUUCGAGCGCGAGUAUGCAACUGGUCGCUCUGCUGCAGACUCUCCACACAGCCCUGAGACAUUGGCCCAAGCUUUCUUGGAAUCCAAGUUCUCUACUCGCCUGAGCGAGGAAAUGGACGCUUAUAAAAGACAAGUUGCCACAGACAAGCAAAUUCAUGACGAUUUCGAGGUUGCAAUAGCUGAUAGCAAACGCAAGGGGGCUUCAAAAUCUUCUGUUUAUUCGAUACCUUACUACUUGCAGAUCUGGGCUUUGAUGCAAAGACAAUAUUUGAUCAAGUGGCAAGACAAAUUCUCUUUGGUUGUCAGUUGGAUUACUAGUAUUACUGUUGCUAUUGUAUUGGGUACCGUGUGGCUUAACUUGCCUAAGACUUCUGCUGGUGCAUUCACCAGAGGUGGUUUACUCUUCAUUUCGUUAUUGUUCAAUGCUUUCCAAGCAUUCUCAGAAUUGGCAUCUACUAUGAUGGGCAGACCUAUUGUGAACAAGCACAGGUCUUACACGUUUCAUCGUCCAUCCGCACUCUGGAUUGCUCAGAUCAUCGUCGAUACUGCGUUCGCUGCCGCUCAAAUCUUGAUAUUCUCCAUCAUCGUGUACUUUAUGUGCGGAUUGGUGAGAGAUGCUGGUGCAUUCUUCACAUUCUACCUGAUCAUUCUCAGUGGUUACUUGGCCAUGACACUCUUUUUCAGAACAGUUGGAUGUCUUUGCCCUGAUUUUGAUUACGCGAUUAAGUUUGCUGCCACGAUCAUUACCUUUUUCGUCAUUACAUCUGGUUAUCUCAUUCAAUAUCAAAGUGAAAAGGUUUGGAUCAGAUGGAUUUACUGGAUUAAUGCUCUCGGUCUUGGAUUUUCCGCUUUGAUGGAGAAUGAGUUCAGUCGUCUUAAUUUGACCUGUACUGGUGCCUAUCUUGUGCCAUAUGGUCCAGGUUACGAUAAUCUUGACCACCAAGUUUGUACCCUGCCCGGCAGUGUUGCUGGAUCAGACAUUGUUAAUGGUGGCGACUACAUCACUCAAGGAUUUGACUACAAGCCUUCUGAUCUAUGGAGAAACUUUGGUAUCAUCAUCGUUUUGAUUGCCGGCUUCCUGUUCACCAACGCAACCCUCGGUGAGUGGGUGUCUUUCGGUGCCGGUGGAAACGCCGCAAAAGUUUUUCAGAAGCCAAACAAGGAACGUGAGGAGCUCAACAAAGCAUUGGCUGCCAAGCGCGAUCAACGUCGUUCCACAAAGAGUGAUGAAGAAGGAUCGGAAAUCAACAUCAGCUCAAAGGCAGUCUUGACUUGGGAAGGAUUGAAUUAUGAUGUCCCAACUCCAGCUGGAGAAUUACGUCUUUUGAACAACAUUUUCGGUUACGUUCGACCAGGUGAAUUGACUGCGCUUAUGGGAGCCUCGGGUGCCGGAAAAACAACACUUUUGGAUGUCUUGGCCUCAAGAAAGAAUAUCGGUGUUAUUUCUGGUGAUGUCCUUGUUGAUGGUAUUAAGCCAGGUAACUCUUUCCAAAGAGGAACUUCAUACGCCGAACAACUUGAUGUCCACGAGGGUACUGCAACUGUCCGUGAAGCACUUCGAUUUUCUGCUGAUCUCCGUCAACCAUUCCACGUUCCACAAGCCGAAAAAUACGCCUACGUCGAGGAAAUUCUUAGUCUCCUUGAGAUGGAAGAUAUGGCAGAUGCAAUUAUUGGAGAUCCUGAAAAUGGUCUUGCUGUCGAACAACGAAAACGUGUCACUAUCGGAGUCGAAUUGGCUGCAAAGCCUGAAUUGUUACUUUUCUUGGAUGAACCUACUUCCGGUCUUGACUCUCAAAGUGCCUUCAACAUCGUUCGUUUCUUGAAGAAAUUGGCAAACGCUGGACAAGCUAUUCUCUGUACUAUCCAUCAACCCAACGCAGCAUUAUUCGAGAACUUCGAUCGAUUGCUCUUGCUUCAACGUGGAGGAAGAUGUGUCUAUUUUGGUGACAUCGGAAAAGAUGCUCACGUACUCCUCGAUUACUUCCAUAGACAUGGAGCUGACUGUCCUUCUGAUGCUAACCCUGCUGAGUGGAUGCUUGACGCUAUUGGAGCCGGUCAAGCCACCAGAAUUGGAGAUCGUGACUGGGCUGAUAUUUUUGCUGACUCGCCUGAACUUGCUAAUAUCAAGGAUCGUAUUUCUCAAAUGAAAACACAACGUCUCGCCGAGGUUGGCGAAACUACUCACGAUGACGAGAGAGAAUUUGCCACGCCACUGAUGCAUCAAUUGAGAGUCGUUCAAGCACGUACCAACUUGGCUUUCUGGAGAUCCCCCAAUUACGGUUUCACUCGUCUCUUCAAUCACGUUAUCAUCGCCAUUAUCACCGGUCUUGCUUACUUGAAUCUCAACGAUUCAAAGGCUUCAUUGCAAUAUCGUGUAUUCGUUAUCUUCCAGGUCACCGUUCUUCCCGCAAUUAUUCUCGCUCAAGUCGAACCUAAAUACGCUUUAUCUCGUAUGAUUUACUACCGUGAAGCUUCUUCGAAGAUGUACAGUCAAUUCGCCUUCGCAUCAUCUUUGGUCGUAGCUGAGAUGCCUUACUCGAUUCUUUGCGCUGUUGGUUUCUUCCUUCCGCUUUACUAUAUGCCUGGUUUCCAGACAUCGUCUAAUCGUGCCGGUUACCAAUUCUUCAUGAUUCUGAUCACAGAACUCUUUUCCGUCACCCUCGGUCAAAUGGUCGCAGCUCUCACUCCAUCCCCAUUCAUCUCCGCCCUUGUUAACCCCUUCAUUAUUAUUACCUUUGCUCUCUUCUGCGGUGUCACCAUCCCUAAGCCUCAAAUUCCCAAGUUCUGGCGUGCAUGGCUCUACCAACUCGAUCCUUUCACUCGUCUCAUUGGUGGAAUGGUCGUCACCGAACUACAAGGUCGAGAAGUGAAAUGUACUUCUGCAGAAUUAAGUCGCUUCACCGCUCCUGCAGGUCAAACAUGCGGGAAGUAUAUGGAGAAUUACUUUUCAAGCGGAGGUAUUGGAUACAUUGUCAACAACGCAACAAGUGCUUGUGAAUACUGUGCCUAUAAAUAUGGAGAACAAUUCUACGAACCACUCGCAUUGGACUUUAGCAAUAGAUGGAGAGAUUUGGGUAUCUUUUUGGCGUUCAUUGGAAGCAAUUUGAUCAUUCUUUUCUUGGCUUCGAGAUAUUUCAACUUCAAUCGUCGUUAA